UACAUCACAUCGGUGCUCCAAGUAGAGGGCAGGAACUCCCUCCCAACACAGAGAGUUCGUGUUAACGUCCCUAAAGUACGAGUCACACUGUGAUGGAGUGCUAGUGAAGCCCCCUGACUGGUUUCAUCAUUUUCGUCCCGUGUUUUAUCAAACAGAAAGUAACUGGCCCGUCAAUUUUCCAAUUUUUCUCUCAUCUCCCCUCUUAAGGAUGAGUGCUCUCCCAGGUAUCAUUACGCCGGCGCUCAUUUCGUCAAUUCGCAACCAUCCGAACCUCCCGGCCCACACCUGGUAUUUCAUCGCCGCGACCACCCUUUCCCAAUUGAACCGGCCCGAUGAGAUUCCCAAGGUGUACCAACACGCAGUGCGCCACGGCCACGGUCCGGCCGACGACGUCCCGAGCCGGGAUGAGCAGCUCCUCAUCUCUCGCCGCAUGCGUGAGGCCCUGAUCAAGGCUGCUGCAGUCGGCGGUGUGCCCAGGACAAUCAAUGCGCUGCUCGAGCUCAAGAAGGUGACGCCCGAAGACCUGCUGGAUGAACCCGAUGCCUUCUCCCCGACAGGACGGCGCGCCGACAUCUACGAUACGCCCGCUCCCCAGAUCAUGCAGCGCGGACAGCACUUCUUCCAGGACGUCUACGGAAAGGUCGCUAGGCGGGUCAUGGGCCAGAUGGACCGCUCCGGCACCGAGGACUUGGGCCUAGUCGCCCGCCUAAUGUAUGGCUAUGUCUUGAGCAACACCGCCGUUCUGAGUGCCGCCGAGACGUCGUUCGUCAUGAUUGCCGGGCUGAUCCCCCAGGAUGUGAAUCCCCAGCUCAAGGGCCACCUUUCGGGGCGCACUGAAUGGCGGUGCCACGGUCGAGCAGGUGAAGGCCGUGCGCAAUGUCGUCGUCGAGAUCUGCCUGGCAGCUGGCAUGGAGAUGCUUGAUGCCAGCAAGCCCGGUGGAUUCGGAUGGAGAAGCGAGGUUGCUGACCUGUAGCAUCGGGACACGCAUCGGUCCAUCUUGGUUGGCUUG